AUGAGUCCAGAGAGUAGGAUGAGUUUAAGAUGCCCCACUGUGCUGCUCUGCAUCUAUGGUUUCUGCUCCAUGAUGAGGCCCAUAGAGCCCUUCCUGACAGAGUUUCUCACAGGAACUUACAAGAAUCUCACCACCGAGCAGGUGACUAGACAAGUGUAUCCUGUGUGGACUUACUCCAGCCUGGUUCUCCUCAUCCCAGUCCUCCUGGUGACAGACUUCCUCAGGUACAAGCCUGUAAUCAUCCUCCAGGGGCUCACCUAUGUCACAGCGUUUCUGCUGGUACUGUUUGGCUCGGGGGUCCACUCGGCUCAGUUGGCCUUCUUCAGCUACAGCAUUGCCAUGGCAGCAGAUGUGGCCUAUUUCUCCUACAUUUACAGCAUAGUUCCACCCAGCUAUUAUCAGAGAGUGACCAGUUAUGUCAGAGGGGCCAUACUGCUGGGCUAUGCUGUGGGUGCCCUGCUGGCUCAACUGCUUCUGUCUUUGGGAGGGGUGUCCUUGUACUGCUUAGGUUUUAUAACUCUCAUUUCUGUUUCCUUAGCACUGAUCACCUCCUUAUUCCUUCCCAUGCCUAAGACUAGUUUAUUUCUUAAGGGUACAUAUUCUGCACAACAGGAAAACUCAGAUGAGGACACUCACAGCUCUGAAAGCCAGGACUUCUUCAUCUGGGUAAAGAGUGUGACAGCUGCCAAGCAUGUUGGGAGGAUGUUCAGAGGGCUCAUAUUGGACUGUAAGAAAUGCUAUUCCUCUGUGGCUGUGCUCUUCUUCUGCAUAUGGGCAGCUACAGGAAGAUGCGGCUUUUACCAGGUUACAGGUUAUAUCCAGCUCCUCUGGGUAUAUAUGCAGCCCAACAACUUCACAGCCUACAAUGGAGGGGUGGAUGCCAUCAGCACACUGACAGGAGCUGCAGCCUCUGUUGCUGUGGGACACAUGUCUCUGGAGUGGUCUGUGUGGGGGGAGCUGGUCCUGGGAGGUUUCACAUUCCUGAUUGCUGGAGCUAUAUUCCUGAUGGAUCUGACUGACAACAUCUGGAUCAGCUACACAUGCUUUUCCCUCUUCAAAACAAUUUACUUACAGCUCGCCACCAUCUGCACUUUUCAGAUAGCCAAGACGUUGAACAGAAGGCGCUAUGCGUUGGUAUUCGGCAUAAACAGUUUUGUGGGCACAGUCCUCCAGAGUGUCCUCACUGCCAUUGUCAUCAACACCAAGUCUCUACAGCUCACCAUCACCUCACAGUUUCUUAUCUACGCCUCAUACUUUGCUGCUAUUUCCCUGCUGUUCACAGUCAGAGGUGUAUAUACUGUGCUCCACAUGAAAUGUCCUGCUGGAGGCAACCAUGCAGAGAGAAACACCAGCCUGCCACAGGGUUCAAGUCUGUGA